AAAGUACUUGCCCCUCCCGCUGUGCCCUAAUAGUCGCCUCCCCCCCAAAUUAAUGCUAAUUAACUCUCAGGCAUUAAUGUUAAUUAAUUAAUGCUAAUUACCCUCCCCCCUAAAUUAAGGACCUGAGGAAAGCCCUUCUGUGUCAGGCCAAAAGCCCAUCUAGUCCAGCCUCCCGUUCUCUGUGCAGGUCAACCAGACCCCUGUAUGGGAAGCCCACAAGCGACAGGCGGAGAGAUUGUUGGGUCCACCAUGGCCAAGCUGCACGGGCUGCAAGCUGACUACGUUUUCCGUGGCGUCGAGCAUGUCGUUCGGAUGACGGUGGAUGGAAACCUUCUGGAAGUAGAAGUGGAAGACCGGCUCACUACGGAUCAGUGGCGAGGGGAGUUUGAUGCUGCUUUCAUUGAAGACCUCACUCACAAGACUGGGAAUUUCAAGCAGUUUGGGAUCUUUUGCAGCAUGUUGGAGUCAGCCCUUGUCCAGAGCAGCGAGUCAGUUACUCUGGACCUUCUCACUUACACAGACCUGGAGUCGCUGAGGAACAGGAAGAUUGGGGUGGCCCCCCGGCACACCUCUGCUGCCAAGAACUCCCCGCUGAGCUCCAAACGCUACCUCAUAUUGAUCUACUCAGUGGAAUUUGACAGGAUCCACUACCCGCUACCGCUGCCCUACAUGGGGAAGCCAGACCCGGUUGUCCUGCAGAAGGUGAUCCGGGAACUAAAGGAAGAGCUGGCCAUGCUGAAGGCAAAGCCAGGCAAGGAUUUCCGGGAUGUGGAGAUCCGCCGGCUCCGAGAUGAGCUGCAGCUCGCCUUGGAGGAGAAGCAGUCGGCGGAGACAGCCCUGCAGAACAUGCAGGAGGAGCUUAAGCUGACCAGCAAGAGCAGCGCCCUGAAGGAAGUCAAGAUCCUCAAGAAGGUUGUGCAGAGUCUCGAGGAGGAGCUGACCAAGGAGAGGGCAAAGCACCAGCGACUCGCUAGCAAGCGUCUGCAGGAGAGCCGGCAGCUGGCUGAUGAGCUGGCGGAGAUGAAAGCAACGGAGAGGAGCUUCCGGAUCCGUGUGAAGAACCUGACCAAUGAGCUGGCCUUAUACAAGAAAGGGCGCUUCACCCCCUGCGGACUGUCUCCUCAAAACCAUUCCACAUCCUCACGCACCUUUGCUCCCCCCACCCUGACCCGAGCCGGCACCAAGAAGAGAGACGGCUGCCGCUCCACCUCGGAGGAGCGGUCGAACUCCCGGGAGCGCAGUGGAGCCUGGGGGCCCAGCCGGCAGCGGUCCACCUCCAGGGAGGGGCGCAGCAGGAGCCAGGGUGGCCUCCCCCGCCAGUCCCCAUCACCUGCAGGCAGCCGGGCGCCCCGCUUUGACCCCACAGCCUUUGUGAAGGCCAAGGAGCGCAAGCAGAAGGAAACGGAGCAGAAAAACAAGCGAUGCCUGCGACGGGGAAUGGGAGACACCCCACCUAGCGGGUGGCACCACCGCACGCAGCCCAGGGGCCCGUCGGCUUUCAGCGCGUGCGGCCUGGGGAAAAGCCGGGGCAGGAGUUCUUCAGUGGAAAGCUUCCGCAGCCGGCGCUCAUCUGCAAGCUCAGGGAGUGAACUGGAUGAUUACUCUGAACCUGUUGUGCCAAGGGGCAGGAAGCGAUUGGCAAGGGGCAGGAAGCCGUUGAGUUCCUCAUCUUGGAAUGGCAGCACCGUGGUUCCCCAGGCAGAGAGUGGUCACAGGAAGUGCCUGGCUAGUACCCCCACCACAGCCAAGCGAGCAGACAAAGAGAAUUUGUAUGACGAGCCGUCGGCUGACCUCUCGGAGAUUGAUGCCCGGCUACAGGCGCUGCAGGAGUACAUGAAUAAACUUGAGACGCGAACGUAGCCCCUGACGCAGAACAAAGCAAGGGGGCUGUUGGUCACUCUGGUGGGGCGUGACUGCACCACAACCGAGAACAGGCCAAAAUACAGAGCGCAUCCUUUCCCACCCGCCCCCAGUUUGCAGCUCUCCUUCUGCCUUGUGUAUGCAAGGCGAUGGGCCUGAAAGGGAUGAUUUGGUGGUGGGAAUCAUGGAUCUGUAAACAUUCACACACAGAAGGUACACACCGUGUUUUACAUAAGCGGGUGUCUUCUUGAGGGACUAGAAACUUUAGAGAGUUUUUCUUCCUGCUCUCUCAUGCUGCUUAGGACCUGGGGUGGGGAGGGGACUGCAGUGUGCUAGACAUACGGAAGGGGAUUGAAACCUUUGGCUUUCCUUAGUCCUUUUUCAAAGUCCAUCUUGCCUUUAAAGAUGGGGUGUGAGAGAGAAAGUGCCCCUUGGCUAUCAGAUGUCACCCAUUUUUCAUAAGACCUCCCUCCUCUUAAUUCUGUCUCCUCUCCUGCCCCUUUGGUUUAAAAAACGAAACAGAUUUCAGCCUGAGAGCAAACUGCAGGUGCUCCCUCUUGCUGCUUAUGUGAAAGCAUUCCUUCCUUUGCACCAGCCUGGGACAAAAAAACCCACUUUCCUUUUAUUGAGUUGCUCCCUCUUCCUCCAGAAGCUUCCAGGCUCCUGUCUGGCACGGAGGGGCCGAGUGCUGUUGGUUUCGGGUGAAAAGGCUCCCGACAGAGGCGAGGGUAGGAAUUUCUUGGCUCAAAAGAAUGGCCAAGGGGGAGAUUGCAGAUUAGCCUAAAAAUGGCCGUGCUGCCUGUGGGAGAUCCCAGUGUUUAAAACAAAGCAGGCUGGGCUCCCAUCAUCUGUUUUACUUCUCUGCCCGGGCAGGCACCUAAGGGAAGCGCAACUGACAAAGACACUUUUUUAAAACCACUUUUGCCCAGCCUGUUUAGUCGAUGUCUCUGUUGGGUUGGACGGGGGGGUGUCAGACGACAUCUUGGUUUCCUCAGCCGUGGAUCUGGUUUCCAGCUGAUGUCCUUUGCCCAGUUGGGAUGUCUCCCUUGAGCCUGGGUGCCUUUGGAAGUGGCAAAUGCAGCUGGGGGUUGCGUUGACUUCCCCUCUUAACAGGCUUGUUCAUAACCUUUAUGCGGGACCUCUUCUGAACAUUCCCGGAAAUUCUCUCUCAGCGCCUGAUCUCAGAAAUGGAUGGUGGUUGCCUGUUUUGCCUGCCUGCCUGUGUUCUGAUAACAUUUUCCCCCAUGUGUGGUGCUGUGUGCAGUGAUUCUAUUUUGUAAUAAACAUUUUUCCCCCGUAA